CCAAAUGUCUUUUCGCAGAAUGGGUGGGGGAAGUGUCUAGAAAUUAUCAGACAUACGUAUGUACCCUUUCCUCAAUCGUAAAUAAUUCGCAAUAAUAAUCAAAUUACAAAAACAUUCGAAUCGGCGGCGAGACGGCGAAUCAAUUUUAAUUCGCUUCGGAGAAACUCUACAAAAAGAAAUUAAGGAUAAUUGUCGAUAACUAAAUGCUUGACUUUGAAGAAAGCAUCAAUCAAAAUACGCCCACCGAAAGACGAUGUCAGCAGACAACGAUGUCGGAGGUUUGAGUUACGAAAAAUUUCUCGAAUGCAUUAAACAAAUCGUCCAAGUAUCAAAUGACAUACACGACGGGUGGCAACUUCACUCAAAAGAGGGUUUAGAUAACGGUGGGUAUAUUACGAAAAAAACCAGUCAAGAAUUGGAAAAAUCGUCAGAGGGAGCGAAAUUGAUCGCACUUUUUGAAUAUCACGUAGCUUACAACAUUAAUUAUGGUGUCCCAAUUUUAUGUUUCUUAGCAUGGAAACAAGAUGGUAGUUUGCUUCAAAUAGAAGAAUAUUGCGAAUACAACAAGAAGUUUUCACAUUACGACAUUCUAAGCACAUUAACUCAAUUGGAUCAUCCAGUUUUAUGCAGACCAUUCCUUACAUUACAUCCUUGCAGAACUAGAGAUAUUUUAGAUACGUUUCAGAAUAAGAGCAAAAACCCGGUAAUAUCAUGGUUGAGUGUGAUCAGCCCGUUUCUUGAUCUCAAGUUAGAUGAAGAAUAUAUUAAACUUUGUUGAACAAUUAUUACGAUAAAAAUGUUGGAAUUGCAUUAUUUCUAUUUUUUAAACCGUCUAUUAUUCAGUUGAUGGGCACCGGUAUUGUAUGAAAAUUACAAUGCAUGUACUUAGGCACGUGUUUAUUGAGGAAUAAAAUAAAAGGUCAAAAUGU